UUUACGUAGAUGACAUCCUACUUACAGGAAAUAACAAGGAAAAACUUCAUCAAUUGAAACAAUUUCUUCACCAGGAAUUUCAGAUCAAGGACUUAGGUGACUUACACUAUUUUUUGGGUCUGGAGACUCUUCGCGAGCCACAAGGUUUAAUCAUCAGUCAACGGAAAUUCACCUUGGAAGUUCUUGAAGAAUUUGAUUGUAGUCGUUUGCCCUCUGCCACAUCUCCAUUGGACCCUUCAUGCAAGCUUAGUGCUGAAUCUGGUGACCUUUUUUCUGAUCCAACUGUCUAUCGCCGACUCCUAGGCAAAUUGAAUUAUCUCACUCACACAAGACCAGACCUGUCCUAUCCAGUACAACACCUCAGUCAAUUCAUGCAACAGCCCCGUGUGCCUCACUUUAAUGCUGCCCUACGGGUGGUUAGAUAUCUCAGAUCCAACCCUGGACAGGGUAUUUUCAUGUCCUCUGCUCCCUCCCUCACACUACUUGCAUUUUGUGAUGCGGAUUGGGGAUCUUGUGUUGAUACACGACGAUCUAUAAGUGGGUAUUUUGUCACUCUCGGUGGAUCUCCAAUUUCAUGGAAAUCCAAGAAGCAAGCUUCAGUAUCGCUCUCAUCCGCCGAAGCAGAGUAUCGAUCUAUGAGGCGGGUAGUUGCUGAAGUCACUUGGCUAACUCGACUCUUGACAGAUCUCGAUACACCACCGUCUCUUCCGAUUUCUGUUCAUUCUGAUUCACAAGCUGCAAUUCACAUCGCUCGGAACCCUGUAUUCCAUGAGCGAACAAAGCACGUUGACCUUGAUUGCCAUUUUGUGAGGCAACAAUUUCUCUCUGGUUUGAUUUCUCUGUCCUUUGUCCCAUCAUCCUCUCAAUUAGCUGAUAUAUUCACCAAACCCCUAUCCGGCCCAUCUCAUAAUUUGGUUCUUGGCAAGUUGGGCCUCGCUACACUCCCCUCCAACUUGAGAGGGGGUGUUAGAACCUCAUUUGUGCAGCCCAACAUGGAAAUG